UGCCACUACCGAUGUCUGAUUCAGUUAUUCCUAAGUAUGCUUGCUUUUGCCGCAUUGGGUAUUUACAUUAUACAAAAUGAAAUGGUAAAUGUUUCGGAUAUCUCAAAAAGACUGUUGGCCUUCAGGAAAUAUAGUUUUAAGAAAAGAGUUUUCUCUGACACAAGCAUUGGUCUAUUUUCCAGUAAAAAUCAGUCCUGUUCCUGUGAAGGAUAUGCUUCAACUUUUCAAAAUGUGCCCGAAAAUGAACUGGAAGACCUUCGGAGACGUCGGUUUGAGGAGUACAGACAAUAUCGAGUCAGGAGGCAGGCAGAUAUGGAGCCACUUGUUCUUGCCGCGUCUAACUCUCCUCUCCAAUAUCCCAUCCAUGGUUUCAUAUUGGCCCCUCUUCAAAAAAGUAUAAUACCAGGUUUGGCUUUGCAUGCACAAGAAAGAGAACGCUAUGAGGUAUCUUUAAGUGUGAUGAAUGGGGUGCUCUCAGUGGAGGAUGUCAUGAAUGGAGCACAUGUGGAUGGACAGGGUCAGAGUAAUUUGACUAUCUCAUCUACAAGCCUCACAAAACUCAAUCAUCUGCUGAGCAGAGUGUCCUACACCAGCACCGUCUACCGUGUCAAGGCUAAAGAUAUGGGAGGUUUUAGUUAA